CUGUGCUGCUAACACACCGCCUCUAGCAACCCUCUGAGCACCCUCCACCACCCACCACGGCUGCAGCGGCUGCUUGCUCUGGCUGCGGCAGAGGGAGCAGGGCAAGGGGGAGAUGAGUGGAACGAUGCUGCACUGACUUCCAGCUACCGGUUUCCCGCCGCCUUCCAGCUAUGGCUGUGCCAGGGGACAAGGUCUACAGCAGCUGCCUCCCUUUCGGCGAGACGCACCAGAAGCUGCUAGCCACCAUCCUGAUCGUGCUGGGACUUCUCGCUUUACUGGAAUAUGCCGUCAGACUGAUUUCCUUGGUAAGCUCUGGGCCAAAGAUGAAGGGCGUUAUGGGUGUCCUUGGGUGUGCUGUUGGAAGCACCAAGGGUUAACUCCAACGAAAGGUUUGCAAAGCGGAACAGCCACUAAAUAGUGGCUGCUGAGCAGUACAGUGACAUUUGCCUUUUUCUUCUCUCCAGGGUUGGAUUAGCAUCUCUCCAUUAAUGAGGAAAAUACAUGACUCUUGCUUCAAAAAAGGUAAGUUUUAGAUGAGAAAGAGGUGUGUGAUGAUGAGGAUGAUAUCCCGUUUCCUUUGGUCCCUCAAGUUCUUAGGAUUAUGCUCCUGUCCCGUUUUCCAGCUCUUCUGUUUCUCCCAGGCCACGGAAAUCACGGUGUUGAAACUGGAAAAGUAUUUGCUGGUACCCACACAGCUAGAAAUAUCAAGGGGGGGGGGAGUUAAUAGUCAAGGAAACAGUCGAAAGUGGGAAAAGCUUGAGUAUCUUUGGGUGCUCAAACCUCCCAACAAUACCAAACAACCUGGUGUUUUGGCCAAAGAAGUGUGUGUGUGUGUGUGUGUGUGUGAGAGAGAGAGAGAGAGAGAGAGAGAGAAUGAAAACUGGAAAGAGAAAGGAAAUACUUGUAAAUGUGCAGUUUUAUUACUCUGGGAUGCUUAGAAAGUUGGAGUCUGUUAGCUAAGACUCGAUUGCUAAUAAUUCGUUAGCUAGCACAACUGAAAGAGGGCAAGAGUGGUGAGGAGAGACUGAAUAAAGAAAUGUCUUACCACACAGGGAUAGCUAGUGUGGUUCUCCCCACCCCCAAAACAUUACGGACUACAACUCCCAUCAUUCCCAUUGGGCAUCCUGGCUGAUGGGCAUUGUAGUCCCUAUCAUCUGUGUUGAGUACCCCUGCGCAGAUCUGCACUCAGGCCCUGCAAAACCAACACUCUGGCAAGGCGCACUGAUGCUGAACCCCUAGCAGAGUACUGGGUCAACAAGCAGCCACUUGAAAUUCCCUACAGUUAUCCCAAUGAAAGCUUUUUGGGAAAGCUCAAACGGCUGCUUACAUCUUUCCUUCCAAUAUCACCAGGUUAGCCCAUGGCUUGGACAGCGGGGUGGGGGCAGUCACCUAUAUACGGGGGGGGGGGUGCACCAGGGGGCAUAUUGCCAAGGGUGCCCUUCAAUCUGGAGCCUUCCCUUUCCUCCCCUACAAAGUUUUAGGACUGGUUCAGAUGCAGGUCAGCACUCAAGAGACGAGCAGAGAAGUUAACUCUUUAUUCAAGGAAACACCAUACAAGGCAGCAAUCCCUACAAACAGGGCUGGCCCCUAUGAAACAGCUGCCAGGACUGAAGGUCUCCGCCUGCUGUUUCCCUCUCAGUCUCCUGCCCUGCUGGAUGUUUUCCAAGCAGCUUCAGAUUAUGUGGGGUGGGGACGGGGAGGGAAUCUGUGCCACUUAUUCUGUGACACACAUAGCCCUCCCUGUCCUUGGAGACAAGGGGGGAGAGGAGCUUAGUACAGUAGGACCAGAAAGCUCCUGGGAUGCGACUUCCGGAGGUGGCGCCAGCGGUUAAUGGCGGAUUUCCUCGAUCGGAGGAAAUCUCGCCACGAAACAAGGGUCAAAUCCCGCUUCGGCGCAGCGGGGGACCCUUAAAAAUCACAGGCGGGGGAAGCCUGUGAACCUGGGACCCAACGGGCACAUUUGGCGCCCCCCCCUGCAGCCUCCUUUCCCUCUUCCUCUGCUUCAUCUUCUGAGUCUGAACUCCUUUCUGCACCUGGCUCCUCUUGCUCACUAAAGCCUGUUGCUUCCUCAGCAUCCAACCACUCCUCCCUCCGACCUGUGCUCAGUGUCCCACCACCACUCCCUGGCCUCUGAGCCUUCCUCCUAUGAGGCUUCCUUAGGGGGUUCCCCAACUGGUGCCUCCCACCACUCCUGGUCAUUCAGCUAGUCCGUGACACAAAGUUAUGGUUGUAUACUACCAUGGCUUCACUCAAAGAGUCCUGGGAAUUGGGCUGUUAAAUUCUCUUCACUUUUGAGACAUCCCCACCCCUCUCCUUGGGACCCUUCCCCCUAUUCCAUUAUCAUUUCUUUGCUUGUUCCACCAAACAGCCUGCUCAGGAAAGCGAACCAGGCUUUGCUUGAUAUGGGAUUCCAUAAAUUAACUUACAAAGUUUAAAUUGGGGGUGAGGUCCACUUUUACAGCCUGAAGUCCGCUUUCCAUUCUGGUAAACUUUCUGGGGGCUGCAUGUCAGUCAUGACUGGGUCCAGAAGCAAAAGCGGAAAUGUGAAUAUUACCCUUUAUGCAGCAGGCUAGUGUUUACACAUGAUCUCACCCACACUCAGGCAGAAGAAAGAAAAAAGAAGCAUUAUCAGAGUUCAAGGACACAUACUUAGGAGAGUGCAAAGCAGGGCUGGUGCAGGCUGUGACCUAGGGAGGGGAGGCAUGGCUGAUGAGAGUCCUAAGGACCAGACAGAGCGGUUUGGAGGGCCACGUUAGGUCCCUGAGCCAUGUCCUUCACCCAUGCAGUGUUUCUCAACCUUGGGUUCCCAGCUGUUGUUGGACCACAACUCCCAUCAUCCCAGACCCCGGGUCCUGCUAGUUAGGGAUGAUGGGAGUUGUAGUCCAACAACAGCCGAGGACCCAAAUUUGAGAAACACAGGCACUUUAAAGCAACGGCCAGGGAAGCAGCCUCCUUUUCCUCCUAGUGAUGCUCCCAAGUGUUCUAACCACCCUCACACUUCUCCGCCUUCCUUUUCCUCAGGCGGCCAACUUCUGAAGACCAUGAAGGUCCUCUCCAGCAGCAAGAGACUGUGGAAGGAGUCGCUGCUGCUCAGAGGCCGCAAGAAGCUCUCCAGCAUGCGCUUCCGCUGCAUCGUGGACCCCGUCAAAGUCACGGUGAAGAUGAGCAGCCUGCAGGAGCCCAAAGCGUGCUGCUCGCAGGGCGGCCGCAAGAGCAAGGCCUACUACUCCGGCGAGUGGUCCAGCCACCACGACACAGACGACAAGAAGGCCAGUUGGUGCAGGAGCCCGCAACGCCGUCGAAGCAGCCAAUGCAGCUCCCACCCCUCAGACACCGAAACCCCCCAGCCGGCGUGCCCCGCCGGGUCCGUCGCCUCCUGGGUGCGUUUCAACUUCAGCCCCCAGCAGCGUGCCGCCGAGGCCGCAAGCAGCUUGGCCCGCUGCGGGGCCCACGCGCGGAGCCACCAAAGAGCCACCGGCGACAAGCAGCACAGCUCGGACAUCGCCAGGGAGGGUGCCCAGGGGCAGAGGUUCCUGCAGCACUCGGUGGGCAUGAACACUGAGGAGCCUGCUCCCCGCUGCCCGGAAGCCCCUCAUGAGCAUUUCAACCGCCAGUCCAGCGAGACAAAUUUCAUUCCCAGCCCCAUCUUGCCGGGCCCUAGGCGGGUGGUGUACUCUGCCCUGGCUUCGGAUGCGGCGUCCAGGACCCACCUCAACGGCGAGGAGUACCCCUACCCGCAUUCCCCAAGAGGGCCACGGCACCGCCUCGGGCCAGAGUGGCAGCAGCGUUUGCCUGCGGCACAGCAGGCCGAAGUGUAUGUUUACCUGGUCAGCCCUCCGCUGCCCAGCCCGGAACACAACCCCGACCAGCCCAACCACCCCUUCUCCGCAUCCCAAGGCAUCUCCAGAAAGGAUGUUCUGGCCAACAGGAUGUCUCUCAGCCACAGCAGGGGCAGUUCCAGCCAGGGACCGGCAGGGCAGGGGGGCAGCGACCCCCACAAGCAGCGCAAGAGCAUCUGGGAGAGGAAGCACCAGCAGAGGUCCCUGCAGCCGAAUCCGGACUACGAGAAGCUGGCAGGAGGCAGCGGUGGCGCCAGCCUGGGCCACCACGAACCCUUCUCCCACAAUCCCCCUCUCUUGGCGGACAGGGGGAGGGGAGGGCUCGAUGCAACACCACCCACCAUUGCCAGCUGAAGGCGCCUUUAAGUGGGGACGGGCUCCUGAAAGGAGCAAACGGCAACCUCUCCCGUUUCGUUGAAUACCCUUUGAGCGUGUUCGGGUCAAUAAAAAUUGAAGGCAAGGCAUGAACAUUUCUGUAUGGAGGUUAUUGGAAGUGUCUCAGAGUUUGCGACUGGUUAUUAAGUAAAAGAAAUUGCUGUGUCCCUAGAUCUAAACACAGGGCAGAAUACUAUGGUAGAGAGAGUCCCAGAAGAGGUGUCAAAACAAAGAACAUGCAGCAAAGUGAAGCAUGGGAAUACAACAACAAUUUUUAUUUGUACUCCACCCAUCUGACUAGCUAGCCCCAGGCACUCUGGAUGGCUUCCAACAUACAGUGGUACCUUGGUACUCGAACAGCUUGGCUUCCGAACAAAUCGGCUCCCAAACGCCGCAAGCCCGGAAGUAAGUGUUCUGGUUCACAAAUGUUUUUCAGAAGCCGAAUGUCCGACCCAGCUUCCACUUGAGUGCAGGAAGCUCCUGCAGCCAACCAGAAGCCGCACCUUGG